AAUAAAAAAAUGUAUGAAGAAAUUUGUCACAGUAAUUUUAAGAAAUAUAUAGUACCAAUGUUUGAUGACCCCUUAGUAAAGAAGAGUAGAUUUCUAUUAAACAAUCAAAUAUUUCUAAUACAGUACCCUCAAGAAUUAUAUAGCUCAAGUUUAUCGCCACAGGAAUAUUCAAAUUUAGUUAACGAUAUAAAUAAAAAUUUAAGAAAAUCAAGAAAGUUUAUUAAAAUAUUUACAAUUUUAUCAACUUUACAUUUUAUUAUAUUAAUUUUGGUCUUUUUAAUAAUAUCAGUUUUGUUUAAAGAUUAUAUUUUUGAAUCAGUACCAAUCGUUGCAGGUACAUUUAGCAGUCUACUAAUUUUCCCAAUAUUUAUAUUUAUAAGUUAUAUUUGGUUUUAUAUAAAAAGAAAUCGUAUUUUUUACGAAUAUAAUAAAUUUUUUUCCUCUAGAAGAAUUCGUGUACAGUUUAAAGAAUUUAGAGGAUUUAAUGGUUCACCAAAGUUAAAAAUAUAUUACCCACCAAUUAAUCAUAGUCAAAUCAAUAAUAUCAAUGGUAUAUUGGAUGAUAACUUUAAUUAUAUAGUAGACAGUGAUACACCGUCAUCGCUUAACCAAAUCACAUCCAAUUUUUCUUCAUCUUCACCCUCCUCUUCAAUGGUAUCAUCGGCCUCAUCGUCGACAUCGUCUCUAAAUUCUUUAGUUGUGGAGCCAAAUUCAUCAGGUGCCAUCGAAUCUUCUUUUGCAUUGGAGCCAUCAUCCAAUAAAGAGUUUACAAGUGUUGAUUUAGAUGAUGAUGGUAUUUAUAGUACAGAGAAUUAUAAUAAUAUACUAAAAGAUUUUACAACCAUAUCAAUAAUACCAACACCACCAAAUAGUAGCAUCAUUACUAGUGUAUAUAAAAAAAAUAGCUUGGAUUCAUUUUCAGAAAAAACUCCAUUGUUAGGUCACAGAUAGAUCAUUUAUUUAAAUUAAAUAAAUUUUUUAGUUCUUUUUUUAAAUAGUAAAU